UCACUCACUGCGGUUUCUGGAAUCAGCCCCAAUUCUUCUUCUUCUUCUUCUUCUUCUUCUUCAACAUCUCCUCACUUCUCUUGUGGUGGUUCACUAUACAACCAUUGAGCAUGGGUUUUUCUAAUUACUUGCUAGCUGUCCCUACUGACGCUGCAAUUCACCCUAAAACUACCUUUCUCAACCCAUCUUCUUCUACUACUACUACUACUAUUACUGACUCUCUUUCUGUAUCUUUCUCUUACUCUUUUACGCCUAAAAGACUCUCCUUCUUUCCCUCAGUCCCAGCAAUCGGACACAAAGUCAAGGCAAAGGCACAAGAAUCAGAAGUGAAUGUAGCAGCAGAUACCUUCACUCAUUUCAAGCAUCUGCUUCUCCCAAUCACCGAUAGGAACCCUUAUCUUUCUGAGGGCACAAGACAGGCUGCUGCUACUACUGCUGCGUUGGCAAAGAAAUAUGGGGCUGACAUCACUGUUGUGGUUAUUGAUGCAAAGCAGAAAGAAUCAUUGCCAGAGCAUGAAGCCCAAAUGUCUAGCAUCCGUUGGCAUCUCUCUGAAGGGGGAUUUCAGGAAUUUAAGUUGUUGGAGAGGCUUGGUGAAGGAAACAAGCCAACAGCAAUCAUCGGUGAGGUUGCUGAUGACCUAAACUUGGAUUUGGUAGUCUUAAGCAUGGAGGCAAUUCAUUCCAAGCAUGUGGAUGCUAAUUUGCUAGCAGAGUUCAUCCCCUGCCCUGUCUUACUUUUACCAUUAUAAAUUCCAGAAUUGAUCCAAGGUAAAGCAGUAACUGAACCUCAUGGCCAUUAUAAAUGCCAGUCUUCUUCUGGUGGACAUUUAAGGUUUCAUCUAGCUUAUUUGCUUCUCAUUCGUUAGGCAAGUUUGUCCAUAGACUUCUGGAGGGUGGUCUAGGUUGAUGAAGGCAGUUUUUCAAGUUUGUCAAUUGAGUGUGGGUCUGAUUGAUUAGCCAUAGUCAACACUGGGAAAAGGGUCCAGGCUCCAAUGUUGGUGGUGUUUCUGUCAUUUAGUAGAUGUUAACUGAUGUUAGUUCACAUGUUUUUUUUUUUUUUUUUUCUUACUGCUGAUCUCUUGAGCAUGCUUUGCAUUCAAGUUUCACUUGGAUCAGUCUUUUGAAUCUGCCUGCUUGUUGAGCUAUAAAUUACAUAGAUUCUUGUAGCUUUGAUGGAACAUAAAUGACGAUAUGGAUUUUGAGCUAAUUUGAAAGAAUUGACAGUAGGUUUACCUCGA